GCAGCAAGAUCCUCCACCGAUCACGGCACGACCCGUCGUCGCAACUCUCGCGUCCCUCGGUGGCGCCAGCUAGUCAAUCGACCGAUGUUCCAAGAGAUGAAACCCCGGAGGUCCUGUCACUCCUGUUCUCAAUCGCUGGGUUCGUCAUCAAGUCCAUCCUUUUCCAGCUCAAUUUGCUCAUUUUUUUGCCUCGAAAUCCCUUUCAGAUUGCCGAAGGUUUCCUUUUUGGCGGCGACUGAUCCUUUUAGGACCGCGAACAAGGCUAGAAAUGCUAUGGAGGAGAGAUUCUUGUCAGUUUGGAAUGGUUUGGUUGGGAACCGACAUGAUUUGGGGAAAUUUGUGGGGGAGAUUUGCUCUCGUCUGCUUUUGGUGGGCUUAAGUGAGAUCAAAAUCUACGGGACUAGUAGUACAGAAGAUUUUUGUGGCGUGAUUAGUCGCCAAUUAAUGGCGACUAAGCAUACGUGACUAGUAGUCCCGUAUGUUUUGAAUCGACUGUUUUUUAAAACCGACCUCUUGUUGGCGAAAAAGAUGUCGUUUUUGCUAAAUAAUUAGCAAAACGAUCGGUUUUACUAAUUAUUUAGCAAAAAAGUUUUUUUUAAAAAAAAACUUCAAUAUAAAUUGGUCGGAGUGGAAAAGGGAAAAAGAAAGGUAAGGUAUCAACUUUACGGGUGGAAAAGAAAGAGGAAAGGCAUCUCGUCUCAUUAUUCUUCUGACGUGAUGUGUAUCCAUGUGUUUUAACAAAUUUGCUCCGCAAUCAUCCUAUCUAAAGUCCAAAGGUCUUAAGCUACAACAGCCUUGUUACUCAACAAGAAAAGAAAAGGGGAAAAAAAGUUCAACAAAAGGAAGAAAAUAGUCACCUGUAGUCGAAAAUUCAACCCCACAAGCUGGCACGCGAUUAGAUUCCCCCAGUCAAAUUUAUCAAACCUCCACCAUUCAAGUAUCAAUCAAUCAUUACCCAACAUUAACAGUUCCAAAUUUAACCCUACCAAAUCUAAAGUUGCCAUCAUCAUUAUCGAACAUGGUUGCCACCCGCAAAGCUACAAAUAAUAAUAAUAAUAAUAACUCUCCUCCAACAACCCCAAACUAACUCUUCAUAUAUAAACACACGAACUACACUCAGAUCACAAACUCAAAAAAAAAAAAUAGACGCAAAAUCAAGACGAUGCUCAUCAAGCCUCUCCUCCUCUUACUAUUAUUCGCCCUCACCCUCCCCCAAACGAAUGCGAGACGACGUCCUCCCUCAAAAUCCAACUUGCCGGCCCAAUUUUUGCGCCCGCAUAACGCGAUCCGGGCCUCUAUCGGGCUUCCUCCGUUGUCAUGGGACCCAAGACUAGCCCGUUACGCCCAACAGUACGCGCGAAAGCGCCAGCGGGACUGUGCACUGGCCCAUUCCAACGGCCCAUACGGUGACAUCUUUUGGGGGAGCGGAUCUGGCUGGAGCCCCGCCCAAGCCGUGGCCCAAUGGGCCGAGGAGCGGAGAUGGUACCGUUAUAGGACUAAUUCUUGUGCUCGAGGAGAUGAAUGCGGGCAUUAUACUCAGAUCGUAUGGAGCCGGACUAAGAGGCUUGGAUGUGCGAUGGUUAAUUGUAAAGGGGGAAAAGGGGAGUUUGUUGUUUGUAACUAUGAUCCUCCAGGCAAUUAUGUGGGAGAGAAACCAUACUGAUGAGAAAAUAUUUUUGUUAAAUGAGCUAUCAAGAGAUUGAGCGAGCCUGAGUUUUCAUCCAGAAUUCUCCCGGUGAUGUACAUGUUAUGGCUAUUUUAAUAUAAAACACCAAAUUGUGAUUAUAAAAUGAUUAAACAUCGGAUUCGUUUUUUAA